AUGGCCCCCGCCCCGUGGCGUAUCCCCGGUGAUGCGGAGGAAACCUGGACGAGGCAGCCCUGGAUCCGAGUUCCGCCUGGGGGCGCCAAGGCUGGGCAGAAUCGUGGUGCUCGGCUGUACACUGUGUGCUCUUGUGGCCACUGGGCUUGGAAUGACCUCCUGGCCAAGCGGCACAAUCUCUGCGUCGGGUGCCAGUCCCAGUGCCACCCGCUCAGCUCCUCUGUCGGCGGCGGCGGCCAGAUGCUUCUGUACACCAGUUCUGAGGAGUCUGGAUGGGGUGAGGGAGGCAGCAAGUCCAAGGGUCGCUGGCGCAAGGGUACCCAGGCGCAGCAGGUGCAGCAGGGCCCCUCUGAAGCCAUUCCUCCUCAAGCUCUCGCGGCUGUCAAGGAGGCUGCUUCGCACCUCGCCCCCGACCUGGCCCAGAAGUUGCUCGCUCAAUUCGUGCCCAAGCCUCCGCCCCAGCCCCGGGCGACACCUGAGGCCGAGUGGCAACGUGCAUCGCAGGCCAAGAAUGCGUCCAAGGAGAAGCUCGACAAGGCCCUGGCGCGCCGCGCGGCGCUGGACAAGGAGGUCAGUGACCUGGACAAGCACCUUGACGAGCUCAUGGCGAGGGAUCUGGAGAACGCUGACAUACUUGAGCAGGCCACUCGUAAGCUUGCCGUCGGAGUUCUCAAGCCUGCUGAGCCCAUUUCCAGCAAGAGCGUCAUUUCCCUCGACGCCCUUUUCAAGGACUCCGCUGAUGAGAUCAAGCUCGACUUUGGUGAAGAGCUGGACGUCUCGGAGCCAGCCUUCUCGGCCGAGGACCGCGAGGGAUUUGAAAAGGUCAAGCUUGAGCAGUCCCAGCAGGUCAAGACCCUCUUGCACGGAGCGCUCGCGAGCAUUAAAUCCCAGUACAAGACGCACCAGGAGGAAUACCAGAAGCGGAUGGGUGAGCUGCGUAAGAAACGCAAGACUACUGAUGGUGCAGUUGCAACAGGGGUCGCGGCUUCUCGAGGUGCGGGCAGCCAGAGCGCCGCUUCCUCUCAGGCGCCUGCGGCUGAUGCGCCGAAGGCUGUGCCCUUGGCUGCUGAGGCCCCUGCCGAGCCGACCGACAAGGAGAAGAGGAUCGAGAAGGCGCGCGCUGACACUCUCGCACGGGCUAAGGCUGCUGCUGCUCGGGCCAAGGUUGAGGCUCGUGAGUCGGGCUCCUAG